UAGAGAAAGGAGAGUCCUAGUGAUUCGCUUUUGGCUUACUGCAACACAAAUCUAAAAUGGCAGGAGCCGAUGGAGAUGAUUCUCUCUACCCCAUCGCCGUGCUCAUUGACGAGCUUCGUAAUGAGGAUGUGCAGCUGCGACUGAACAGCAUCAAGAAGCUGUCUACCAUUGCACUGGCCCUGGGAGUGGAGAGGACCCGCACUGAACUCCUCCCCUUCCUCACAGACACCAUCUAUGAUGAGGAUGAGGUGCUUCUUGCCUUGGCUGAGCAGCUGGGCAACUUCACCAUGCUGGUGGGAGGCCCUGAAUAUGUUCACUGUCUGCUGCCGCCGCUGGAGAGCCUGGCUACCGUGGAGGAAACGGUUGUGCGAGACAAGGCGGUAGAGUCUCUGCGUAAGAUCUCUCAGGAGCACUCUCCUGUGGACCUGGAGGUGCACUUUGAGCCUCUGGUGAAGAGGCUGGCCAGUGGUGACUGGUUCACCUCCCGCACCUCCGCCUGUGGCCUGUUCAGUGUCUGCUACCCCCGCGUGUCUAGCACUGUCAAGGCUGAAAUACGCCAGCAUUUCCGCACUCUGUGCUCAGAUGACACUCCCAUGGUGCGCCGCGCUGCAGCCUCCAAGCUUGGGGAAUUCGCCAAGGUUCUGGAGCUGGACUAUGUCAAGAGUGACAUAAUCUCCCUCUUCACCGCACUGGCCUCUGAUGAGCAGGACUCAGUGCGCCUGCUGGCCGUGGAAGCCUGUGUGAGCAUCGCCUCGCUGCUGCCCCAGGAGGACCUGGAGACCCUGGUGAUGCCCACCCUGCGCCAGGCCGCCGAGGAUAAGUCCUGGAGGGUCCGCUACAUGGUGGCUGACAAGUUCUCUGAGCUCCAGAAAGCAGUGGGCCCAGAGAUCACCAAGAACGACCUCGUCCCAGCCUUCCAGAACCUGCUCAAGGACUGCGAGGCUGAGGUCCGAUCUGCUGCCGCCAAAAAGAUCAAGGAGUUUUGCGAGAACCUUCCAGAAGACAGCAGAGAGACCAUCAUCAUGACUCACAUUUUGUCCUGUGUCAAGGAACUGGUGUCUGACACCAGCCAGCACGUGAAGUCUGCCCUGGCCUCUGUCAUCAUGGGCCUGUCCACCAUCCUGGGCAAAGACAACACAGUGGAGCACCUGCUGCCUCUGUUCCUGGCCCAGCUCAAGGAUGAGUGCCCUGAGGUGCGCCUCAACAUCAUCUCCAACCUGGACUGUGUCAACGAGGUGAUCGGCAUCCGCCAGCUCUCCCAGUCGCUGCUGCCUGCUAUCGUGGAGCUGGCCGAGGAUGCAAAGUGGAGGGUCCGCCUGGCAAUUAUCGAGUAUAUGCCCCUGUUGGCUGGACAGCUGGGAGUGGAGUUCUUUGAUGAGAAGUUGAACACCCUCUGCAUGGCAUGGCUCAUUGACCACGUAUACGCUAUCCGCGAGGCAGCCACCUGUAACUUGAUGAAGCUGGUGGAAAAGUUUGGAGCCGAGUGGGCCCAGAACACCAUCGUGCCCAAGGUGCUGGGUAUGGCAAAUGACCCCAACUACCUGCACCGGAUGACCACGCUCUUCUGCAUCAAUUCACUGUCUGAAGCCUGUGGCCAGGACAUCACCACUAAGCAUAUGCUGCCCGUGGUCCUCAAGAUGUCCAACGACCAGGUGGCCAAUGUGCGCUUCAAUGUGGCCAAGUCCCUCCAGAAGAUCGGCCCUGUCCUGGACAGCAAUGCCCUGCAGACUGAGGUGAAACCAGUCCUGGAGAAACUAGCCACAGACACCGAUAUGGAUGUUAAGUACUUUGCCCAGGAAGCUAUACGUGUUCUGGCCCUGGCAUAAACCAACCCAAGCUUGGCUAUCCAGAGGAAACAAAAACCCAAAAUGGCACGACAUUGAAAACACUUUUCACAAUAUAUUUAUUGAUGUUCAAGAGCAAAUGGUGAAUUAAUGGUGUCUAUUAACAUCUAUUCUUUUUUCUUUCUUUUUUUACUCUGAAAAUAAAAUGUCCAAGAAAAGCGCAGGCUUCUAAUUUA